AAUUUAUUUUCUCUUUCUCUUUUUCUCUCUCUUCUUCUGCUUCUUCUUGUUCUUCGUCUUCUUCGUCGUCUGGGGUGAGAUCCCUAUUUUCGAUCCCGCCCAACAGCAUUUUUCUCGCGUGAAUUUUCGCGGGGAAGUUGACUAUUGUGGUGAAUCUGGGUCGCUGGUUUCUGGGUCGGAGGAAUUGUGGAGAAAUUUUCUAUGGUCUUGGAGGGUUGGUUUGGGAUUAGGGUUUUGGGAAAUUUGGGGUUUUGUUGGGAAUUCGAAUAGGAUUUGGUUAGGGGGGAACAAUGAUAAUUAAGCGCAAUUUGAAAUCGAAAAUGCCGAGUAUGAAACGAUGCAGACUCGGCCACUCGGCGGCGGACGACGAUGAGUCGCCGGCGGCGAAGAAGAAGCGUAAGAUGAAUGGGUAUUUCCCUCUGAAUCUGCUCGGGGACGUCGCCGCGGGGAUAAUUCCGUUGAGCGGGUACGGCCUUCAACGGAUAUUCGGCGGUCACGUCGGAGAUGUGGAGGCGUCGUGGUGCACGGAGAUUUCAACCUGCGCCGGCGAGGUGGUGUCGAAAUCCAAGGACGGAGACGGCGUGGGAGCUAUGAAUCGUGCGGCUCAGGUUCACCGGCCGCCGCUGGUGAGGACGUCAAGGGGACGAGUUCAAGUACUCCCAUCUCGAUUCAACGAUUCAAUUCUUGAUAAUUGGAGGAAAGAGAGCAAACCCAAUGCUCGUGAGAUCAUUCUAGAUGAGGAUUUCGAACCGGAAAAAGAAAAACCUUGUUCGAAAACCCCGAAACAGAGUGUGAAAAAGGGGCUAAAUGAGGGUAAAUUUGGACACCAAUGUAGAAAAUUCUCGGCAUUGUGUCAAGAAGACGGGGAUGAAAUGGGGUAUGUUGGGUUUAAGAAUGUUGGUGCCAAGAAGAAGUAUUCCAGUUCGCGCAGUUCACUUACUUCUCUGCAUGAGCAAUUGGCAGAGGUCGAGCGGUAUCCAACUGACGAAGUUGAGGAAAAGUUCGGUUUGGGAAGAGUCGAUAGAGAGAGUAAAGGUGGUAGUAGGUUAGAGGAGUUUAUUUCAGGUGAUAUAGUAUGGGCAAAGUCAGGGAAGAAGGAUCCUUUCUGGCCUGCCAUUGUCAUUGAUCCAACCUCGCAAGCACCCGGGCAAGUUUUGAGUUCAUGUAUUGCUGGCGCAGCUUGUGUAAUGUUCUUUGGCUAUUCUGGAAAUGGGAGUCGAGAUUAUGGGUGGAUUAAGCGUGGGAUGAUUUUUUCAUUCAUAGAUAAUGUAGAAAGGUUCCAGGGACAAAGUGACUUGAAUGAUAAUAAGCCCAGUGAUUUUCGGACAGCUAUAGAGGAGGCAUUUCUUGCAGAAAAUGGUUUUAUUGAGAAGCUGACAGAGGAUAUAAAUGUGGCUUCUGGGAAACCCAAUUAUCUUGAAUCCACUAGAGGGAUCCAAGAGGCUACUGGUUCGAAUCAGGAUCAAGAAUGCGAUUCUCAGGACCAGGAUGUAUUUAGGAAGAAGGACACAUGGUCUUGUGAUGGCUGUGGCUUGAGAAUUCCUCUUAAAAGUACAAAGAAAAUGAAAGUUUUGACUCCUAAAGGCCGUUUUCUAUGUAAAACCUGUGAUAGGUUGUUAAAAUCCAAACAGUAUUGUGGCAUAUGCAAGAAGAUGCAGAAUCAAUCAGACAGUGGGACUUGGGUGCGCUGUGAUGGUUGCAAAGUUUGGGUGCAUGCAGAGUGUGGUAAAAUUUCCAGUAAACUUUUCAAGAAUCUUGGGGCUACUGAUUAUUACUGCCCUGCUUGCAAAGCAAAGUUUAAUUUUGAAUUGUCAGAUUCAGAAAGAUGGCAGCCUAAAGUCAAAUGCAACAAAAACAACAGUCAAUUAGUGCUGCCUAACAAGGUUACAGUUACUUGCUCGGGUGUGGAAGGCAUAUAUUUCCCAAGCAUUCAUUUAGUUGUGUGCAAGUGUGGGUCAUGCGGGAUGGAAAAGCAAUCACUUACUGAAUGGGAGCGUCACACAGGUUCCAAAGGGAAAAAUUGGAAGACAAGUGUUAGGGUAAAAGGUUCCAUGUUGUCAUUGGAGCAAUGGAUGCUGCAAGUUGCAGAGUAUCAUGAUAAUAGUUUUGUUGCUGUUAACCCUCCUAAACGACCUUCUAUAAGAGAACGAAGACAGAAGUUGCUUACUUUUUUGCAAGAAAAAUAUGAGCCUGUUCAUGCUAGGUGGACAACAGAACGAUGUGCUGUAUGUAGAUGGGUUGAAGAUUGGGACUACAACAAAAUUAUUAUAUGCAACAGAUGUCAAAUAGCUGUCCAUCAAGAGUGUUAUGGGGCAAGAAAUGUUCAGGAUUUCACUUCAUGGGUUUGCAGAGCAUGUGAAACACCUGAUGUUGAGCGGGAGUGUUGCCUUUGUCCUGUAAAAGGUGGUGCUCUAAAGCCAACUGAUAUUGAGACAUUAUGGGUUCAUGUCACUUGUGCUUGGUUUCAACCUGAAGUUUCUUUCUCAAGUGAUGAAAAGAUGGAGCCUGCUGUUGGCAUCUUGAGCAUUCCAUCAAAUUCUUUUAUAAAGAUUUGCGUAAUCUGUAAGCAAAUACAUGGUUCAUGCACACAGUGUUGCAAGUGUUCUACUUACUACCAUGCAAUGUGUGCAUCAAGGGCGGGGUAUCGUAUGGAGUUGCACAGCUUGGUGAAAAAUGGCAGACAGAUAACAAAGAUGGUUUCAUAUUGUGCUUAUCACAGGGCUCCAAAUCCUGAUACUGUUUUAAUCAUUCAAACUCCCCUAGGGGUUUUCUCUACCAAAAGCCUCAUCCAAAAUAAGAAAAAGUCCGGUUCAAGGUUAAUUUCAUCCAACAGGAUAGAACUUCAACAGAUUCCUACAGUGGAAACUGACGAGUUUGAGCCAUUCUCUGCUGCAAGGUGCCGGAUUUUUAGAAGAUCAAAAUCAAAUACUAAGAGGACAGUAGAAGAAGCCAUUGCCCACCAAGUCAAGGGCCCCUUCCAUCAUUCUUUGAGUGCAAUAGAAAGCUUGAAUUUAUUCAGACAGGAAGUGGAAGAGCCUAAAAAUUUUUCUACUUUCAGGGAACGGCUUUACCACUUACAGAGGACUGAAAAUGAUAGGGUUUGCUUUGGUAGAUCUGGAAUACAUGGGUGGGGCCUCUUUGCACGACAAGCUAUUCAAGAAGGAGAUAUGGUUCUUGAAUAUCGAGGUGAACAAGUGAGGCGCAGUAUCGCAGAUCUGAGGGAGGUGCGCUACCGAUUAGAAGGAAAAGACUGCUAUCUCUUUAAGAUCAGUGAAGAAGUGGUAGUCGAUGCUACAGAUAAAGGAAACAUUGCCCGCCUAAUCAACCACUCAUGUGCCCCCAACUGCUAUGCGAGGAUCAUGAGUGUGGGUGACGAUGAGAGCAGGAUUGUUCUUAUUGCUAAGACCAAUGUUGCUGCUGGCGAUGAGCUAACGUAUGACUACUUGUUUGAUCCCGAUGAGCCGGACGAAUGCAAGGUCCCCUGUUUGUGUAAAGCUCCAAACUGCAGAAAAUUCAUGAAUUAGGUAUUUACGUAUACACACACAACACUCCAUUGUUUCUCCGCAAGGAACGCUAACCCCCUAUCAUCGCCUUCUCCGAAGGAGUUAAUACACAGUCGUCUUGCUAAUUCUGCUUUCUUCUUUCUUCUUUCUUUUUCCUCUCUACAAUGAGCCUGUAUUUUAUCUUUCAUUUUGUUCUCAUAAUCUUUCAAGCUUUAAUAAAAGCUAUAGAUUGGUCUCCAGGCAUUUGUGUAUAUAUUGAUUCCAACAUCCUUCUUAAUAUAUUAACCUCAUUUUCUAUUUUCUUA